CCCCUACAGAUGACGUAAGCUCCGGUUGCCGCGCUGAGUCGGAAGUGGGACCCCCUUCGGCCUCUGAAAGUCUGUCGAACCGUCGCUGUUGGCCCUUCAGGCUCUGCCCCUCCCCCUAGGUCUGGAUGGAGGAUACUUUAAAGUGAAAUGACAGACCAGGAGAAUAACAACAACAUCUCAAGUAACCCCUUUGCUGCUCUUUUUGGCUCCCUGGCUGAUGCCAAACAGUUUGCAGCAAUCCAAAAAGAGCAGCUGAAGCAGCAAUGUGAUGAACCCCCAGCUAGCCCGGAUGACUCAGAUAAUAGUGUGUCAGAGAGCCUGGAUGAAUUUGAUUACUCUGUGGCUGAGAUUAGCCGCUCAUUCCGUUCACAGCAGGAGAUAUGUGAGCAACUCAACAUCAAUCACAUGAUCCAAAGAAUCUUCCUUAUUACUCUGGACAACAGUGACCCAAGUUUGAAAAGUGGGAAUGGCAUCCCCAGCCGUUGUGUGUAUUUGGAAGAAAUGGCAGUAGACCUGGAUGAUCAAGACUGGCUUGAUAUGAACAACAUUGAGCAGGCCCUCUUCUCUCGCUUAUUACUUCAAGAUCCAGGCAACCACUUGAUUAACAUGACUUCUUCUACAACGUUGAAUCUCUCCACUGACCGAGAUGCAGGAGAGAAGCAUAGUUUUUGUUACCUUUACUCCUGCUUCCAAAGAGCCAAGGAGGAGAUUACCAAAGUUCCAGAGAACCUGCUACCCUUUGCAGUGCAGUGCAGGAACCUCACUGUGUCCAAUACCCGAACAGUUCUCCUCACCCCAGAGAUCUAUGUUGACCAAAAUAUCCAUGAGCAACUGGUAGAUGUGCUGUUGGAAGCCAUCCAAGGAGCCCAUUUUGAAGAUGUUACUGAGUUUCUGGAAGAAGUUAUUGAAGCCUUGACAACGGAUGAGGAAGUUCGAACAUUUCCAGAAGUCAUGAUUCCAGUGUUUGAUAUUUUAUUGGGCCGAAUAAAAGAUCUAGAGCUUUGUCAGAUCCUACUGUAUGCAUAUCUGGAUAUUCUUCUCUAUUUCACUAGGCAAAAGGAUAUGGCAAAGGUUUUUGUAGAAUACAUUCAGCCCAAGGAUCCUAGUAAUGGGCAGAUGUACCAGAAAACCUUGCUGGGAGUAAUUCUGAGUAUCUCCUGCUUGUUAAAGACUCCGGGUGUGGUAGAAAAUCAUGGCUACUUCCUGAAUCCAUCUCGCUCCAGUCCCCAGGAGAUCAAAGUACAGGAAGCCAACAUCCAUCAGUUCAUGGCUCAGUUCCAUGAAAAGAUCUACCAGAUGCUGAAGAACUUACUCCAGCUCUCUCCAGAAACCAAACACUGUAUCUUGUCCUGGCUUGGAAACUGUUUGCAUGCAAAUGCAGGCCGCACCAAGAUUUGGGCCAAUCAGAUGCCAGAAAUUUUCUUCCAAAUGUAUGCCUCGGAUGCCUUCUUUCUGAAUCUGGGUGCCGCUCUUCUGAAGCUAUGCCAGCCAUUUUGCAAACCCAGAUCCUCUCGGCUCCUCACCUUUAAUCCCACUUACUGUGCCCUGAAGGAGUUGAAUGAUGAAGAACGAAAAAUAAAAAAUGUACACAUGAGAGGUUUGGACAAAGAAACCUGUUUGAUCCCAGCUGUUCAGGAGCCAAAAUUUCCCCAGAACUACAACCUUGUAACAGAGAACCUUGUCCUGACAGAGUAUACCUUGUACCUGGGAUUUCACAGGUUGCAUGAUCAGAUGGUAAAAAUCAACCAAAAUCUGCAUCGGCUGCAGGUUGCCUGGCGGGAUGCUCAGCAAAGUUCUAGCCCUGCUGCUGACAGCCUCCGUGAGCAAUUUGAACGAUUGAUGACCAUCUACCUUUCUACCAAGACUGCCAUGACUGAGCCUCAGAUGUUACAAAACUGCCUAAACUUGCAGGUGUCCAUGGCUGUUCUUUUGGUCCAGCUGGCCAUAGGCAAUGAGGGCUCACAGCCAAUAGAGCUAACUUUUCCUUUGCCAGAUGGCUACAGCUCCUUGGCUUAUGUGCCAGAAUUUUUUGCAGACAACCUGGGUGAUUUCCUCAUUUUUCUCCGCCGCUUUGCUGAUGACAUCUUGGAGACGUCAGCAGAUUCCCUGGAGCAUGUCCUUCACUUUAUCACCAUUUUCACUGGAAGCAUAGAAAGGAUGAAGAAUCCCCAUCUGAGGGCCAAACUUGCUGAGGUUUUGGAAGCAGUGAUGCCCCACCUGGAUCAGACCCCAAAUCCUUUGGUAUCCAGUGUAUUCCACCGGAAACGUGUAUUCUGCAACUUUCCGCAUGCACCCCAGCUUGCAGAAGCUCUCAUUAAGGUCUUUGUGGACAUUGAGUUUACAGGAGACCCUCAUCAAUUUGAACAGAAGUUUAAUUACCGCCGUCCCAUGUAUCCCAUCCUAAGGUACAUGUGGGGGACAGAGACCUAUCGGGAGAGCAUUAAGGAUCUGGCUGACUAUGCCUCUAAGAAUUUAGAAGCCAUGAAUCCCCCACUUUUCCUCCGCUUUCUUAAUCUCCUAAUGAAUGAUGCCAUCUUCCUUUUGGAUGAAGCCAUACAGUAUUUGAGCAAGAUAAAGAUUCAGCAGAUUGAAAAGGACCGAGGUGAAUGGGAUAGUCUGACUCCUGAAGCUCGCCGAGAGAAAGAGGCUGGCUUACAGAUGUUUGGACAGCUGGCACGUUUUCAUAACAUCAUGUCCAAUGAAACAAUCGGUACACUUGCCUUUCUGACAUCAGAGAUCAAGUCACUCUUUGUGCACCCCUUCCUGGCUGAGCGUAUCAUCUCCAUGCUGAACUACUUCCUGCAGCACCUGGUUGGCCCCAAGAUGGGGGCCUUAAAAGUCAAAGACUUCAGUGAAUUUGACUUCAAACCCCAGCAGCUCGUAUCAGAUAUCUGCACUAUCUACUUAAAUCUUGGGGAUGAGGAGAAUUUCUGUGCCACUGUGCCCAAGGAUGGACGUUCCUAUUCCCCAACUCUGUUCGCACAGACAGUCCGAGUCCUGAAGAAGAUAAACAAGCCUGGAAAUAUGAUUGUGGCUUUCAGCAAUUUGGCAGAGAGAAUCAAGUCUCUUGCAGACCUCCAGCAACAGGAAGAGGAGACAUAUGCAGAUGCCUGUGAUGAGUUCCUGGAUCCCAUCAUGAGCACACUGAUGUCUGACCCUGUGGUGCUCCCAUCUUCCAGAGUCACUGUGGAUAGGUCCACCAUUGCCAGACAUUUGCUCAGUGACCAAACAGAUCCCUUUAACCGUAGUCCCCUCACCAUGGACCAGAUCCGGCCAAACACAGAACUAAAAGAAAAAAUCCAGCGGUGGCUUGCAGAAAGGAAACAACAAAAGGAGCAACUUGAAUAAAUACUGUGAACUAAACAAACCAAAACCAACCCCAGAGAGUAGAUAAACAAUCGUUUGUGGUUUCUCUCUUUCUGGUUCUGUUCCUUUUCUUUUUUUUUCCCCCCUUUACUAAAUUAAAGAACUUCUGUUGCUCAGAUUAUGAUAAUUAAGAUUCCUAAGAACUUUACAGUGCUUCCCUGGCUUGCAGAAGAUUAUACUUAAUACAGCAUCACCACGUUUAGAGAUGAUCACUAAUUUUCACCCUUUUUCUCUUCUUAUUCUUUCUUCUUCCCUUUUCUUACCAUAAAUUAUAUUAAAUUCAAACUACUAAAACUUACUGCCACCUUAUUAUUUCCCUUCCAAGUACUGCUCAAAUGUUUUUGGUGAGCACUGCUUCUAAGUAUAUGAUGUUACAUGUUUCACUGACAGCUAAUAUCAUCAGAAUGACCUGUGUUAUCAAGGUAUUUACUAGUCCUCAUGAAUUGGGCUCCAGCUCUUUUCCUUGUUACAGCUCUGUAAUGUUACAGAAUAACUUUUCACAUGAAAGAAGAUACCCUGAUGUUUGUGUAGAUUUUUUAAUAAGAUGACAGACAAGAUGGGAGAAAAAAAAGGAAUCUUACGCAAUUUCUGUUGGUAGCGCUUAAUUUUGUGUUAUCUUGUAACCGAAAGAUACUGUCUCAGAUAAGCACUCUCCCUUGGGGUUGUCACCCACUGAAAACUUAACCCUACAAUGCUUUUAUGAGGAUAGGACAAACUUGAAGCUUUGACACUUAAUUCAAAAAAUGCUGGGGUGAGGGAAUAAACAGGAGGUUGUUAGACCCUUUUUCUCCUAUGAAGAUCAAUUGCUACAACAACUAGGCCUGAGUAAAAGGCAACAAAUACUGUAACCGUGAAGAAUGUCAUUUUAAGACACUAAUAUCAACAGUAUAUCUCAGUAUAUAUGUAAUAUAUAUACACUAUGUACUUUUUUAAUAUUGGUCCAGUGUAAACUGAGUACCACUGUACAGUGUCUCUUACAUGGUAAAUGUAUACAGUGUGUGGCCAUGUUUACUGAUACAUACAUUCUAGAUACUAAAUAAAAUUCUAAGACUAUAAAAUGUAUAUAGUUAAUAUUUGUUUGGGCUGUGACCUGGCUCCUAAGAGCUGCUUCUAACUCAGGUCAUCAAUUAACAAAAUAGGAAUUUGGGCACAACCUUGUCUGCAAGCCGUUUUAAAUAUCCACUUAGCCCUGUGUAGUUAGUAGGUGGUCGGGCCCUACUUUUACAAGUUGAGCUUGAGCUCCUUACUCAAUUGUGCGGCUUAACAUGCUGAGUGAGGCACAUCCCCCUAUGGACUGUCUAUAUGUCCCUAUCCCUGUAAGCCUGAAGAUACUAGAGGCAAGGAAAAUGAUAUAAUCUGGAAGCAGGGGGUCAUUGCUUCAUUUAGAGGACAUUAUUGUAACCAUGGCCUCUUUCAAAUAAGAUGGUAGUUUUAUGAUAUUCCAACACAAGUUGCUAUAAGCAGUCCUUGAUGUGUUUUGAUGGUAUCAGCUAGAAAACUCCAAUCAGAGCAGGCAUCCCACACUAGGUAUAAAGUAGAUAUUGCCUGUUGCUAUGCUUAUAAAUGAAAAGGGAAGUCUAGGACGCUUUUACAAAUGCCAGAAUGUAAAAUUAAUUCAGUGUGCUCCCUCACCUUUAAUGCAUGGGUUGACAAGGGUUUUGUUUUUUGUUUAAUGUGCUUCAUUUCAUAUUUAUUUUCCUCCUUUCCUUUUUGAGAAUGAACUCUGUUUAAAAUAAACUUCCUGUCUACUUACAUUUAUCUUCCAAAGUCAAUCUAAUAGGAUGUUUUAAUUUGAAAAAGGAGGGGAAAAAGACUAGAAUUUUACAGGAGAAAACUGGAGGAGAAAAUGGGCACAAAACCUCAGAAGGCAGCUGUUUUCUUCAACAGCUUUCUAGUUAACAACCUCUAUGCUGCCUCUAGUAUCUGUGUCCAUAUUCUACCUCUGUGUUUAAUCUUUAGAUUGUAAGCCUUUUCUGUUAAGCCUUUUUUUUUUUUUUAAGCUUUUUUCUGAAACUUAUGAAUGGCUAAGGCAUCGUUAAUGCUGCCAAACAUCUUUAAAUUUAUCACAAAGGCAAAUGUGUAGUUUAAGGCUACGAUUGGUAAGGAAACCAAGUGUCCUCUGUGCCUUUUUUGCUUUCUAGCUGUGAAGUAUUUUAAGGACAUCCAAAAAAAUGAGACUUUUAAACAUUAUCGUUUUGGUAUAACAUAGUGCAUAUAUGCACUUGGAA